CCAAAUAUAUUGUACUACUCAACCAUUUUCAAUAGUUUACUACGUUAAAAAUUAUCAUAUUUAAAUUUUCAUAUUUUUUUAUUAAGAAGCAUAUAGCCAUGGCUAGGGACCCUCUUGUGGUUGGCAGAGUGAUAAACGAUGUGUUGGACCCUUUUACGAAGUCUGUGUCUCUUAAAGUUUCGUACAGUGGCAAUAGGGCUAUUAACAAUGGUACUGACCUCAGACCUUCUCAAGUUGCUAACCAACCUAGGGUUGAAAUUGGUGGGGAUGAUCUCAGGACCUUCUACACUUUGGUUAUGGUUGAUCCUGAUGCUCCUAACCCUAGUGAACCCAAUCUCAGAGAAUAUUUGCAUUGGUUGGUGACUGAUAUUCCCGCAACUACCGGAGCAGGCUUUGGACAAGAAGUGAUGUGCUAUGAGAGUCCACGACCAACGGUGGGAAUACAUCGUUAUGUGUUCGUGUUGUUCCGGCAACUUGGACGGCAAACAGUGUACGCGCCUGGGUGGCGACACAACUUCAACACAAGAGACUUUGCUGAGAUCUACAAUCUGGGAUUGCCCGUUGCUGCCGUUUAUUUCAACUGUCAGAAGGAAAUCGGUUGCGGUGGAAGAAGGUCAUAAUAUAUAUCUAUCCAUAUAUAUAAAUAUAUAUCUAUCCAUAUAUAUAAAUAUAUAUAAUAAUCAUAAUUAUAUAUCUAUAUAUUGAAUAAUGCUAGAGACACAACACUAAUAAACUUAAAAUUUACCAUUAGUGACGAUAUCUUUUUCAACUAUAUACAUAGUUAAAAAUGUUAUCAUUAAAGGGUAAGUUUUUGAGUGUAUACAAUGCUGGCUGCUAACUAUAUAUAAUAAUAAUAAUAAUAAUAUCGACUAUAUAUAUAUCAUGCAACUACAAGUAGCAUAAUAUAUAUAUGCUACAUCUAGUAGUAGUAGUAACUAUAUAUGUGUGUUGUAUAACUAGUUGUGAUCUCUUGUAAUAAAACUCUAGCACUGUACUAUCAGUACUUAUGAAAUUAUCAAAUGUGAGUUGUAAAUGUUUCACGCAUCUAGCAAUAUUAAUGUUAUUAUUACUAGAUGUUGUAAAUGUUUAUGAUGGAUCAAUAUAAUAUGUGGACUUAUAGUACUUUUCAUUA